UUUAUUUCUCGUUUCUUACAACAGUUUUGAAGACGUUCCGUGUUUUCGGAAGUUUUUUUUUAUAAAUCGUUUGCAUUUUUACACUUGGUAUUAAUUUAUUUAAGAUAUUGAUGCUUGAAAAAAGCUUAAGAAGCUGAACAAAUGUUUCCGAGUGCAGAAGUAAAUUACGUUCCAUGUUCUCUGAAAUUGAUCGCAAGUGAUUGUAGAAUACAAAAGUUGUAAAAAUUUUUAACGUCUACUGGAUAAAAUCCGCAUGAUGGUAUGAAGGCAAAUUCAAACCAUACGUUUCGGGUUUAAAAUACAUUUAAUUUAAAAGAAAACAAUUGUUGAAGACCUAAAGGUUACUACAUUACUGUAGACAAAAUUUAUACGUUGUAGGUAUUUUCUGGAUUGGCUUACUAUAGUGCUAUAUUAUAGCCAAUUUUCAAAAAUAAUAGUCAACAUUUGCUUUGCUGACAGAAUAAAUCAAAUACAGUUAAACUAAACUUAACUUUAAAAAAAUGUCACAUCAUAGCGAUGAUCAACUUCUGCAGGCAGGAAGCGAUUCAUUUUGGGAACCUGGUAACUAUAAAAGAACCACGAAACGAAUUGAGGAUGGAUACAAAUUAUGCCAAGAUCUAACACAACUUAUUCAAGAAAGAGCUGAAAUUGAAAAGGCAUAUGCUAAAAGUUUACGAACGUGGUCGAAAAAAUGGGGCGAACUUAUUGAAAAAGGACCUGAAUAUGGAACAACAGAAGCUGCUUGGAAAGGAGUAUUGACAGAAUCAGAAAGACUAUCUGAUGUACAUUUAAAAAUCAAAGAAAACUUAUGCACGGACGUGACAACCCAAAUUAAGACAUGGCAAAAAGAUAAUUACCAUAAAACUCUGAUGCAAAUCAAAGAAAAAAAAGAUAUGGAAGAUUUAUUUAAAAAAGCGCAAAAGCCUUGGGCAAAACUUCUAGCUAAAGUUGAAAAAGCAAAAUCCGAUUACCAUUCUGCCUGCAAAACAGAGAAAUCAGCAUCGAACCAAGAAAGAAAUGCUACUGCUGACAGUUCACUUUCUCAAGACCAAGUUAAAAAAAUGCAUGACCGUGUUCAAAAAACUAAGGAUGAGGUCCAAAAAUGUCGAGAAAAGUACGAACAGGCAAUUGCGGAAAUAAGUAAAUAUAAUUCUGUUUAUAUGGAAGACAUGGGUUCAGUAUUCGAAAAGUGCCAGUUAAUAGAGAGGACUAGAUUGACGUUUUUUAAAGAAGUUUUGUUCUCUAUUCAUGGAUGUCUGGACAUUACCAAAAUUCCUUGUCUUCCACAAAUAUACGAAGAGUUCUUUCAUACCAUUAGCAAUGCUGAUCAUCAAAAGGAUUUAAAAUGGUGGUCAAAUAAUCAUGGUGUCAACAUGGCAAUGAAUUGGCCGACUUUUGUCGAAUAUACUGAAGAAUUCCGAGAUAUUGCUAAAGGAAACAAGUCGAAGGAAGCUCUUCCAGCUGCUCCAAUAACAUUAAUAAACCAACGUCCGGUUGCUGAAGAUUUGCAUGAAUAUCCACCUCCUUCUGCAAAAAAUAGUCUUAAGAGAACGUCUGCUAAUUCAAAUAGUAAAAACAUAUCUAAAUCAAUGUCAAGCAGUACCAACUCUAAUAACUGUGACAUGUCACCAAAAUCGGAAACCAACACUCGAGGACCAUCUCCUAUUAACCGAAAUUCAACAGCAAAUAACAAUGGGAAGGAAGCUAAUCCAUUUGAAGAAGAGGAGUGGGAUGAAGGUGAUGUUGAUACUAUUCUCGUUGACAACGGUGAGCCAGGAGUUCCAGUAAAAGCAUUGUAUGACUACGAAGGAGCUGAAAGCGAUGAACUUACUUUUAAACAGGGCGAUGUAUUUGAAAAGUUAGAAGACGAAGAUGAGCAAGGAUGGUGUAAAGGAAGAAAAAACGGAAAAGUUGGAUUAUAUCCUGCUAAUUACGUCGAAGCAGUGCAAGCGUAAAUGGUUUGAAAUACCAGAAAUAAAUAUCAUAGAAAAUGUUUAGUUAAGACUUUGUUAAUCAGAUAUUUGAUUAAAUAAAAAAUACACAUAUUUAAAAAAGUGCA